UCUUUAUCUGUUUCUCUCAAAAAAUCUAAUAAGCAAGAUGUCUACUAAUGAGAAUGCCAACACAGCAGCUCGAUUGAACAGAUUCAAGAACAAAGGAAAGGAUACUACAGAAAUGAGAAGGCGGCGUAUUGAAGUCAAUGUAGAGCUGAGAAAAGCUAAGAAAGAUGACCAGAUGCUUAAAAGAAGAAAUGUUAGCACUUUACCAGAUGAUGCUACUUCUCCCCUUCAGGAGAACAGGAACAAUCAGGUUUCAGCACACUGGUCGGUUGAAGAAAUAGUCAGAGGAGUUAAUAGCAAUAACAUGGAGCUUCAGCUACAGGCUACUCAAGCUGCCAGGAAACUCCUCUCAAGAGAGAAGCAGCCCCCGAUAGACAACAUAAUUCGGGCUGGUUUGAUUCCAAAGUUUGUCUCCUUCUUGGGCAGAGCAGACUGUAGUCCCAUUCAGUUUGAAUCUGCCUGGGCACUUACCAACAUUGCUUCUGGCACGUCCGAACAAACGAAGGCGGUAGUAGAUGGAGGGGCUAUUCCAGCCUUUAUUUCCCUGCUGGCCUCUCCCCAUACUCACAUCAGCGAACAGGCAGUGUGGGCUUUAGGAAAUAUUGCAGGGGAUGGUUCUACCUACAGAGAUCUGGUUAUUAAAUUUGGUGCAAUUGAGCCUCUGCUGAGUCUACUAGCUGUUCCUGACCUCUCUUCUCUGGCUUCUGGAUAUUUACGCAAUGUUACCUGGACCCUCUCAAACCUGUGCCGUAACAAGAAUCCUGCACCACCCAUAGAAGCUAUUGAGCAGAUUCUUCCAACUCUCGUUCGGCUCUUGCACCAUGACGAUCAUGAGGUGUUAGCAGACACAUGCUGGGCACUUUCCUACCUAACAGACGGUUCCAAUGACAGGAUAGAAGUUGUAGUGAAAACUGGAUUGGUGCCACAACUUGUGAAACUCCUGGGAUGUAGUGAACUGCCAAUAAUGACUCCUUCGUUAAGAGCCAUAGGAAACAUUGUCACUGGUACUGAUGAGCAGACACAGAUUGUUAUUGACUCGGGAGCAUUAUCUGUCUUUCCAAGUCUUCUUUCUCAUCAUAAAAACAACAUUCAGAAAGAAGCAGCAUGGACGAUGUCCAACAUCACCGCAGGACGCCAGGAUCAGAUUCAGCGAGUUGUAGACCAUGGUCUUGUGCCUUAUCUCAUUGGUAUUCUGAGGAAGGGGGAUUUCAAAUCUCAGAAGGAAGCUGUGUGGGCUGUGACCAACUACACAAGUGGUGGAACAAUUGACCAGAUCGUGUAUCUUGUUCAGGCUGGUGUUGUUGAACCUCUACUGAAUCUCCUCUCGGCUAAAGACAGCAAGACUGUGCUGGUUAUCCUAGAUGCUAUUUCUAACAUCUUCUUGGCUGCUGAGAAGAUUAAUGAGACUGAAAAACUUUGUCUCAUGGUUGAGGAGUGCGGGGGUCUGGAUAAAAUUGAAGCUCUCCAGUCACAUGAAAAUGAACAAGUGUACAAAGCCUCAUCCACCCUGAUUGAGAAAUAUUUCUCAGCAGAAGAGGAGGAAGACCAAAAUGUUGUACCAGAAUCUACUGCUGCCAGCUACACUUUCCAAAUUCAGGGCAAUACUCCAGAUACUUUCAGCUUCUAG